AUGGAUCAAGCAUCAACAUCUGUUCCUGGGAAUGAAGAAUUGUUGGAGCUCGUUGAAAAACAAGACGAUGUCGUCGCAAUUCUUCAGAUUCAACUUGAAACUUGUAUGGAAGAAAUGAAAAAAUUGGCAGAACGGUGUCGGGAGUUGGAAUUGAAAGAAAAAAAUAAUGGGCAAAUCGAGGAAGAGAAGCUAAAAGAAUUGAACGAUAAUAUAGAGAAAUUGAAAUUUGAGAAUGAGCGACUUCGUGACGAAAAUCGAAUCACGAGAACUGAAGAUUCUAAUGUUUUAAAAAUGGCGUCGUUUGUGGAAUUACAGCUUAAAUGCAAAGAGUUGGAAUAUGAAGUAGAACGCGAGAAAUUAGCGACGAAAUCGCUGAAUUUUCAAUUGGAACUCGAAAAAUCUGUGAAUUCGCAGAUUCGAACAGAAUUAGAAAGUUUGCAAAAUCAAAUUGCUACUAAAGAGGAACAUAUCAAUGUGAAAACGGAAAUGUUAGAAAAAGAAAUGAAUAAUUGGAAAAUGAAAUAUGAAGAAUUAUCAGCGAAAACAAAGGCUGAGAUUGCGGAAUUGAAAGAACAGGUUUCCUUAUGUGAAUCGAGAGAAAAAUUGGUCGAACAGCAUAUCAAAAAAGCCUAUGAUGAAAGUUUGGCGCUGAAACGAGAAAAAUCUACAGCACACGCAAGAAUUGAAACUUUGGUCGAAGAGAACGCAUCAUUGCGAGCUAAGAUUUUGCGUUUUCCGAAAUGUGCAGAUUCGGUUCAGUCGGAAAAUGAGAUCAAAGAUUUGAAGUGUCUCUUGAACGAUCAAAGUCAUUUGAUUGCUGCUUUAAGAGAAGAGACAAAACUUCUCGCCAAAAAACUUGAAAAUGAUACCAGAGAAAACAAAUCGAUCAUUAAAGGUUUAAAGAGGGAAAACAAACAGCUCGAGGAAAGACUCCAAAAUUUGCUCAAUGUUUAG